CGGGCCGGGGCCGCGCUGAGGUAGCGGUGACCCGGGGCGCGGCCGGGCUGAGGCCUCAGGGCGCGUCGCGGUGCCCAGGGGCGCUCGCGGUGUCUGCCGGCCCCUUCUCUAGCGCUGUCUGGGUACCGGGCCUGCGGGCCGGGCUGGCGGUGGCGGAGCGGUCGUGGGGCCGCACCGCGCUGCCUUCGUCGGGACGGUGGCGGCUGCGGAGGCGCUGCUGCUGUGCUGUGCUGUCGGGUGAGACGGGCGCCUCGUUCGGGCCUCACCGCUCCACGCGCUGCUGCGUUUCGUCCGUCGGCCUGUCUCCGAUCUGUAGAACAGACCAGCAAUGCCAUCAGUUAUGGAGAAUUCAGAAGGAGGAGAUGAAGGGGAAAGCUUACGCUAUGAGGAAAUGGAAGAUGACAAUGUCAGCCCUACUGACCUUUCAGAGCUGCUGAAGGAGGGGACUAAGGAAUCCCACGACCGUGCAGAGAAUACUCAGUUUGUCAAAGACUUCCUGAAAGGACGGAUCAAGAAGGGGCUCUUCAAGCUGGCUACCACAGCACUUUACUUCACAUACUGUGCUCUGGAAGAAGAAAUGGAUCGCAAUAAGGACAACCCAGUGUUUGCUCCUCUAUAUUUCCCUCUAGAGCUUCACCGGAAAGAAGCAUUGAUCAAAGACAUGAAAUAUUUCUAUGGAGAAGACUGGAAAGAGAAAAUACAGUGUUCAGAUGCAACUCGGCAAUAUGUGGACAGAAUCCAUCAUGUGGGACAGCAUGAGCCUGAGUUGCUAGUGGCUCAUGCUUACACACGCUACAUGGGGGACCUCUCAGGUGGCCAAGUGCUGAAGAAGGUAGCCCAGAGGGCCCUCAAGUUGCCCAUUACUGAGGAAGGGAUCCAGUUCUACACAUUUGAAAACAUUUCCAAUGCACAGAAGUUCAAGCAGCUGUACAGAGCAAGGCUGAAUGCUCUAGACUUGGACAAGAACUGCAAGGAACGGAUUGUGGAAGAGGCCAACAGAGCUUUCAGAUUUAACAUGGAGGUAUUUGAUGAACUGGACAAGAUCGGCAGGUCGCUGGUGGAAGAAGCCCAAGAUGGAGGUGUUCCAGUCCACGAUGGGAAAGGAGACAUACGUAAAUGCCCUUACUAUGCAGACAAGCUGGCAGGCAAUGCAGCAGCUGGUUGUCCCUAUCACACUGUUGUGGCCUUGGCAAAGCAACCCAUCGUGCAACUGAUCCUGGCGGCUUGUGUUGCUGUGGCAGCAGGAGCUGCAGCGUGGUAUGUGAUGUGAUGCCAAGCCUGGUGCCUGGCCCUAAGUGGUGGUGAGGGUAGAGACACACCCUGCCCUUGUUUGAACUACUCCCUUGCCGCUGGUGGAGUUGACUGCAGGGAAAUAAAGCAGGGAGAGGGUAAAAACCCAGGGGGACUAUCCAAGACUUCUUGCACACCAAUAAUGCAAGCACUGUAAUGCAAUGUCUUUAGCUAACUAGUGUACAGAACUGAUCUGGUAAGAAGAUGUGAAGAUUCCAGUUCAACACUACUCUAUGCUGGCUGGAGCAGCUUUUAAAGCUAGAGAUGUCUUGUCCUGUAGUGGCAAAGCCUUCACAUGCUUGGCUUUUCAUCUCUUUGGCUGGAGCAGUCUUUGGAGGGAAUUUCCUGCCCUGGGCUGCAACCCAAGAAUGUGUCAUCGGUCUUCUCUGAGAAGAGUACUCAAGUUUCCUACCCUGAGAAACAAACAUUUGUCAUGCUCUGGUGGCUAUGCUGUGGGUCCGUUAGCUCAAAGGAGUGACCCAGGGACCAAGCAUAACUCGUGUUGGAUGGAGCUCACUGGGUGAGGGGACCAAAUGUGUGGGUUGCUGGUAUGAAGGUGUCAAAUGUGUAUUGUGCAACAUCGAUUUGUCUUUGCUGAAGCCUUGAUUGGAAUAAAAAGCUGCUGUGCUAUAGCUGGGGAAA